AAAUCAGAAAAACCCUCACUCUACCUUCUCUUCAACCCUAAAACCCUAAACCCGUCGAUUCCCCGGAAAAAAAAUGGGCAGCAGACAGGCAGCAGUGUCGUUCCUCAGCAACAUAGGCCGCGCCGCCUUCGGUCUAGGUACGGCGGCGGCGGUGUUGAAUACAUCCCUGUACACGGUGGACGGUGGCCAGCGCGCGGUGCUGUUUGACAGGUUCCGCGGCAUCCUGGACGAGACGGUAGGUGAAGGCACCCAUUUCUUGAUCCCAUGGGUUCAGAAACCAUACAUCUUCGACAUCCGCACCCGGCCACACACGUUUUCGUCGAUCUCCGGCACGAAGGACCUCCAGAUGGUGAACCUCACCCUCCGUGUUCUCUCCCGUCCGGACACCGACCGUCUUCCCACGAUCGUCCAGAACCUCGGUCUCGAGUACGACGAGAAGGUGCUCCCUUCCAUCGGCAACGAGGUCCUCAAGGCCGUGGUGGCUCAGUUCAACGCCGAUCAGCUCCUCACGGAGCGGCCGCAUGUCUCCGCCCUCGUCCGCGAGAGCCUCAUCCGGCGAGCCAAGGACUUCAACAUCGUCCUUGAUGACGUCGCCAUCACGCAUCUGUCGUACGGAAAUGAAUUCUCGCGUGCCGUGGAGCAGAAGCAGGUGGCGCAGCAGGAGGCGGAGCGGUCAAAGUUUGUGGUGAUGAAGGCUGAGCAAGAGCGGCGGGCUGCCAUCAUCCGUGCGGAGGGAGAGAGCGAGGCCGCGAAGCUGAUCUCGGAGGCUACUGCGGCGACCGGAAUGGGGCUGAUUGAGCUGAGGAGGAUUGAGGCCUCCAGGGAAGUGGCCUCCACCCUUGCCAAGUCUCCCAAUGUUGCUUAUCUCCCUGGUGGCAAGAACUUGCUCAUGGCUCUUAAUCCUUCUCGUUGAUAUGGGUGUGAUGAUAUGGUGUAAUGGCAUCCAUGGAGUGGAGUAGACUUUGAAGAAGUCUUUCUUUUUCUUUCUUUUGUGAACUCCAUCUCAUCUAAACAUAAUUUCAUAGUAAUAAUUCUUUGAAACGAAAAAGAAAAAUGUUAGAAAGA